CCGCCUCCUCUCCUUCUAUGAACCAUCCAAAUCCGACGUCAUCAACUAAUUUUCCUUUUCAUUUAACUGAAGUACAACACCACUAUAAAUAUGAAUUAUUUCUCUCUGAACAAAAACAAUUUAAGAUUUUCAUAUAUUAUUUUUCUUCACAGCAUUAAUUCUCCGAUCAAGUGGGUAGUGCGAUUAGGGAUUCCUAGAAUAUAACCAAUAAACGGAAAUGGAUGAUAGCUGCGUGGUUUGUGCUGACAAUUUGGAAUGGGUUGCAUACGGCGCGUGUGGUCACCGAGACGUGUGCUCCACGUGUGUUGCUCGUCUCCGCUUCAUCUGCAACGAUCGUCGUUGCUGCAUCUGCAAGACUGAGUCCAACGUCAUCUUUGUCACUAAGGCUCUAGGGGAUUACACGAGGAUGAUCAAUGAUUUCUCUGUAUUGCCAACUGAAGUAAGGGCAGGCCGGGUGGGUUCAUACUGGUACCAUGAGGAUACACAUGCAUUUUUUGAUGAUGUUGAUCACUACAGGAUGAUCAAGGCAAUGUGCAGGCUUUCUUGCAGUGUAUGUGACAAAAUAGAAGAGCAAUCCAAUGCUGGGAUCAAACGGAGAGGAAAAUUUAGGAACAUUGAACAGUUAAAAGGCCAUUUGUUUCAUCAGCACAGAUUGGUUAUGUGCAGCCUGUGUUUGGAAGGUCGGAAGGUAUUUAUCUGUGAACAAAAGCUAUAUACUAGGGCACAGUUAAAUCAACAUAUAAACACAGGUGACUCAGAGGUGGAUGGAACUGAGAGUGAGAGAGGUGGCUUCAUGGGGCAUCCCAUGUGUGAAUUCUGCAAGUCUCCAUUUUAUGGUGAUACAGAGUUAUACUCACACAUGUCCACAGAGCACUAUACAUGUCAUAUCUGCCAAAGACAGCAUCCUGGACAAUAUGAAUAUUACAAGAACUAUAACGACCUUGAGAUUCAUUUUCUCCGAGAUCAUUACCUAUGUGAGGAUGAGACGUGCCUUGCCGAAAAAUUUAUUGUCUUUCAGUCUGAAGCUGAACUAAAGAGGCAUAAUACCAUUGAACAUGGAGGUCGCAUGUCUCGUGCACAGCGCAGUGCUGCUUUACAAAUACCAACAAGCUUUCGAUAUCGUCGAAGAAAUGAUGAUACUCGUCGUGGAAGGGAGAGAACAACUCGGUAUGAGCCAUCUGAUAAUGACCAUCAACUUUCAAUGGCCAUUGAGGCAAGUUUGGAGACGGCCAGUGAUCCACCAGCAUCAUCUUCUACGCAGGCGGACUCUGAUUGUGGAGACAUAAAUGAUAUUUAUCCACUUGUCCAGCCUUUUGAAUUGUUAUCUGCUGCAGUUUGUGAAUCAUCUUCUAGAUACCUUCAAGCAUUAGGGGGAGGUUCUAGGGUUGCACCUUUGCAAGGAACAUCUUUUCCUCCUCUCUCCACGCCUGCCAGCACCAGUCAACAAACACCUAAACAUAGCUCAGAUGGCUUGCCUAUUAACACUAUGGCAGCGCAUCUAAGGCGCCAGAAGAAUGCGAAUACAAAUGUUUUGAGUUCAGCCCAGGAAUGGCCAGAAACAAGACACAGGCUUCUACAAGCAGCAAGCAGAUCAAGUCAGGUUAGACCAGCAACAAAUGUUGCAGCUGAAACAUCACUUGGAAAUAGUAAUGGAUUUCCGCAGUUAAGCUCUGCAAGUUCAGCUGGGCGAUGGUCAAUGGCAGCAACGUUGAACCUAAAAGUUUCUGAGCCAGACCCUGAUCCUGAAGCGUUAGAUAACAAUCUUGAUAGCAGCCAAAUCUCCACUGGGCAAUUGCCUGUACGGGGUGUUUGGAAGAAGGAAGUAAGAAACUCUUUUCGUAAGUGAUAAAUCCAAGACCAAAGUAGGUCACAACUUCUCUUGGGGAAUGACCUUAACUGUUCUUAAACUGUUCCAGUUUUGUAUGAUGUUACGUGUUGGCAAUAGAUUCCAUUUACGGCCUGGGUUUAUAAGGACUCACAAAAACUAGCCUAGCCGUUCAUUGCAUUUCACCGAGUAAAAGAAACCCAUAUAGUGGGUGUAUACAAAGUUGAAGAUUUCUGGUUUGUCCGAGAAUGUGUAUUUUUAAAGGUUCCUUGGUUCAUAGAUGCAUCUGAGUUCUUUUUUUCCCUAUAAUAAAUAGUCACAAUAUAGUAAACCAGCAA